AUGGAUAACGAGUACGAAAAAAAGUUAUCGAGUUUGGAAAAGUAUAUUCCAUUCUUAAAUAACAUGAUAACACAGUUAAAGGAUUCAAACAAGAUAAACCGAGAUGCGCAACUGGAUAAAAUGGAAUCCCUAUAUUCUAUGAUUACGGAUAGAAAUAUAAGACUCAAACUGGACACCUUACAAAAAUGCGAGGACGUCAUAGUACACCUAUACGAUAAAAAGAACAAUAAACCGGUCUCCGUUCGAUCGGUAGAUUUGCCGAAAUCAACUCAAGUCAGUCCUAGCCAGCCACGCGAUAUAAUUCUUAGCAAAACCGUGGUCAAACCCACAAAAAAAGUGGAACAAUCAAUUAGGGUUGUAAAUAUGGAUAGUUUGACAAGAAAACCAUUUGUCGAUACAAACAGCAUAGCGUGUGGUUCGUUAACCCAAAAUAAGUCAAUUUUGGACUCUAAAUCUAUUAAAAGUUCAUCGAAACAACAGGAAACUAAAUCGCCUGUAAAAAUUUCGGAAUGUGUAAAAACCGUAAAGAUUAUAAAAGAUUCUGACAGUAUUUUCGGUGAUAUGCUAUCAAAAAUCGAUAACCAAUUAUUGAAAAAAAGUAAGAAAAAAGAUCCCAAAAAGGAAAGAAGAAUUUCAUCUUCCAGCAAAGAGGAUAAAAAUGAAAGAAGGCUAAGUAAACAUGAGCACAAGAAGGUCUUGAAAAAAAAAGAUCACAAAGACAAACAUCAUAAGGAUGUUAAAUCGACUGUGGGUAAAAAUGAAGAAGCUAAAAAAGAAGAUAAACCAAAAGAAUGCAAAAUGGACUUCCAAAAUCCCAAAAUACCUUCGACAGAAUCAGAAAUUCUAAAAAUCGUUUCUGAUACCAUAGAUGCAGAUAUAAAGAAGAACGCGUUUAAAAUACCUUUACUAAGUAAAAAACUACCAGAGACUAUAACAAGCAGUACUGUAAAUAAUGUUCCUAUGCCAGUGGUUGAACCGCCAGAAAUGGUGCCUAUACCAAAUUUAUCCAAAAUCAUGCACCCCGAUACCACGGCAUUAAUUAACAAUAUGGUGGACCAAUUAAAAAAACAAAAUAGCAUGAAUGCACCAAUGAAUAAUAUAUCUGUACCUAUACAGCAAAAUAUACCAAUUCUACAAAAUAUUCCAAUACCUUACAGCCCUUUAAUGCAUAAUUUUGGUAGCCCUGAUAAUAACAGGGUACCGCCCAUAAGAAACGAACAAAAUUUCAACGCAGAUUUCCACAACAGACCGAACUCUCGAAUGCAGUUCACUCAGCAGAAUCAUUUUAAUUUUGAACCCACUUUAACUGAUAUGAAGUUUAAUAAUUUUAAUGCCAAAACUGCUGACAUGCCCGUGCUUUCACCGCAAGAAGGCAUGGGUUUUGGUUACGACCAGAAGAAUUUUCACCAUGGAGAAAUAGAGGAGCACAGACCUCCAUGGAAUGGAUCUCCGAAUAGUUGGAAUAGGGGUAAAGGAAGGUUUCAGGAUAAUAGAGAACCCAGAAGCUAUAGAGAGUAUCGAGAAAUACACCAUAGAGAAUAUGAGAAUCACGAUUUUGAACAGUCAGGAACUCCUAACUUUGAACAUCAAGAUAUCACCAACAGGCCUGACUUUAGAGAGGAAGACACCAGUCCAAACUAUAGGGACCUCAAACAAAAUCCUAGGCAACAAAAUCUAGAUUCUAGACAGUUGAAAGUGGACCAUAAGUCAGCAAAUAAAAGAAGUAGAUCUGGACGUCGAAAAUUUCAGCGCGAUAGAUUUAGAGGUCAAUCUAAAGCAAGAAAGGUUAAAGAUCCGAAAAAUUCCCAGUACAAUAACAGAUUCGAUAGAGUUUAUGGUGCUAGGGGUGAUAAUAUGACAAGGUCUAGAACUAGGUCCAGAUUACGAUCUAGGAAAUCGUUUCAUAAAACCAACAAAACUGGAGUUCAGAACUUUAAAAUCCCCAAAAUCAAAAAAGAUUUUACAACAGAUAUCACUGAAACUGCAGAUAAUGAUUGUGAUGUUAACCUGGAAAGUGAUGCAGUUAAUGGAGUGGAGAAAGCAGAAAAAAGCACGCAAGGAUCAAAAAUUGAUUUUGUAAAUGAACCGGAAGCAACAAAUGUUGCUGAAACCCAGGAAACACAACAGGAAGUUGUAGAGUCAUCGAAAACUAUUACUUCAAGUGUACAAGACGACACCAAAGAGGAAAGUGUAGUUAAAACUAACAAAAAAGAAAGUCUAGCAGCAGGAGAAAAAGACACCACAGAAGAAGUUGCAUCGACGGAACAACAUCCACAAAAAGAAAAAGACAGAAAACUUGCAAUGACCAAACCCGAAAGCAGUAAAGCGGAAAAAAAUAUUUUGGCGCAAUUUUUUGCCAACCUAAUGGGUAGUGAGAAUAAAAAAGACAAAAAAGGUGCCCUCCUAUCGUUGAUAAGCACUUUUACCAACAGUUUCAGUGAUUCUCAGAUCAAGAAAAUUACUGAUAUUAUUAAAAAUGAAAGCUCUGAUGAAGAUAAAGUGGAUGCAAAAAAAACUGCGGAGAAAACAACGGAAGAAACCAACAAAGAAGAAGAAAGUGAGGUUAUUGAUCAAAAAGAAGAGGAACCUCUCAAUAUUGAGAAGGUUAUUGUGGAGAAAAAGCCUGGUUCUAAACCAAAGAAGAAAGCAACAGAGGCUGAUCCAGUACAAGUCUCAGUGGGGGAAAACAAAAAAACCAAAAUAACGACUCCGACAAAACCCAAGAGACACAAAACUGAAUUAGAGUUGUUGCAGGAAGAUAUUCAAGAAAUGUUUAUACGUGACGGUGUGUUGACCGCGAACGGCAAAAGAAUGCUGAAAUCUGAUCCAAAAGCAUUAAAUACAGAUACAAAGGAUGAAGAGAAGAAUAGUAAAAAGAAGGUUUCAAUAAAAAAAGACAGUAAAAAAUCAUUGGAUAUAAAAUGUAUGUCGAACCUUAAGGUUGUUCUUAAUAGGAUAUCGCCUGAAGAACUUCGGACACUGCGCAUCCCCAAAUCAUUAUUGCUCAAGGAAGGAAGUGAAGCAGAACCAUCUAGUGUCUCUUUAGAAAGUAAAGAUUCGAAAAAAGGUGCGAAUGAAGAAAACAAUGACAAUUUGCAGAAAAACAACAAAACCAAACGUAAACGUAAGACCCGCUGGGCCAGCGGCUUCAUCAGAAAAAGGAAAAAGAAGAAAACCGAUAAAGAUAAAUCAAUCGCUGAAACAACGGAUGAGUCGUUCGUUGAACCAGACGUUAGUUACCUCGAUGAAAAAACCAAUAUGCAGUGCAAGUUGUGUCCGUUUAGUAGCAAAUACUUGGCGCAACAUUACAUUAUGAACCACCCCGAUGAAGAAAUAUGGUCUUCACGACUAACAAAGGAAAACGCCAAGUUGGCCGUGGAGGAUGCCAAAGCAAACAUGAAAAAAUACGAACAGUUAACAACCGCGUUCAAAGUUAACAAUAAAUACCAAUUUGCGUGCCGUUUUUGUACAUACAAUAGUUCGAUGGUUCCCAUUACGUUCUACGAUCACGUGACAAUGCAUACAGGGGAAUUUAGGUAUACAUGUCAAGAUUGUAACUACGUAAACAGCUACAGAAAAGGUGUAUGGGCCCACACACAAAAAAAUGAAGCCCAUCAACGGCAUGUCAUCCCCAGUAAACUAUCUGGAAUAUACACAUUCUUGUUCAUGUGUGAAAAGUGUAAUUAUUGCCAAAUAGACGAGAAGAACGUUGAAAAACACGUAAAGAAAUCUCAUGGAAUAAAUGUCAAGAUUACAAAGAUUACUUCUUCAACCUUACCUAUACUAGAGGACGAUGAGGAUGACCUUCUAAAGAGAAGAAUGGAGUUGGAGAUAGAUAACUUAGAGACAACAGGUACAGAAUCUGUAGUCAAAAAGAGCAAAUACAUACAAAUCAUUGACGAAACAGCCUCUGAAAUAACCAAAGAUGAAGACAUUAAUAAAACAACCAAUGAAGAACCGCCCUUGAAAAUGAAGAAGCAGGACGAAAAAACUUCCGAUAUCUCGCCGCUAUUGUUGAAAGCACUAAAGUUCGAUGAAACCGAUGAUGAAUCGAACUCAUCUCUACUGGAGAACCUUAACGCAUCUGCAAAUUUGGGUUCAUCAAUCAAAGAUAUAGUAAUACCUCAACAACAUUCAACUGCUAAAAAAAAAGUGACGGCCCAAAUGAAGGUACAACUCGAAGGAAACGAUCCCAUAAGGGAUAAAGUUCAGGACAAAUCUGAAGAAGCUCCUUCAGUUUUGCUAAAACCGGUUGAGGAAGAAGCAACACCUAUUAUACCUGCGGUGAACAAUGAGGACAACGAAACAAUCGAGCCUGAACAAUUAGAUAAAACAGAGGAUAUAAAAGAAGAUGUAGCUACAAUAUGUAAUUCUCCACACUUUGAAGAAAAAUGGAGUUUACAUAGUGAAAUUUCCCUUAAGUCUGAACCUGAGGAUGAAGAUAAGAUCAUCCCGGAACCGGAAAUAGUCCUACUUCCGGCUAUAGAACGACCAGUAACAUCUGUACUGCCAGUAGUAGAAAAAUCAGAAGAACCUCUACAGUGCCCAACUGUUAUAAGCCAAGUACCGCAGUCUUCCGAAAGUUCCAUAAAUUUAAGUGAUAAUGAUAACAAUAGUGACGAUGUUAAAGUUACUUGUUUGGACCAGAAUAUAAUAUUCAGUUGUUGCUGCGUUCAAGUCAUUAAAAAUGACGAUAUAUUAACGUAUUCGUGCCAAGUGCCGCCUUGUGUUUACAUCUGCGAAAAUCAGUAUUCGUUCAUGAAACAUUGCAAGGAGCAACAUGCGAACAUUGAUAAAGUUAAUUGUGAUGUUUGUAAGAUUAAUGUCGAUGGUGGUACGAUGGAAGACAUGUUCAGACAUGUUUUAAAUGAGCACUUGACUGAACUCGGUACUUUACCGCGUUUGAGUUUACUGAAAAUGAGACGAUUGUCAACUUUAGUUGAUAAAAAAGCUGACUUAAGUAACAGCGAAAUGAAGAAGGUUAAUAUAGUCCCAGAAAACGUUAUUAAAAGUAAAAGACCGGAACAAGAGAUUCAAGCCUCUUCACUACCGAAACAAUCCGUUGGGUUGGGCGACCAGAACCCGUUCGGUUUUAAAAUCUCUGGAGUCGUGUCUUUAGCCGAGGAGCCAGAGGUACCACCACUUGGAUCGUUAAAAUUAUCACCAGCCAAAGUUAAUUUUAGAAUAUUCUGGUCCAAAAUGAGUGAGAACGAGUUGAAGAAGCCGAAAAAAAGUGAGUAUGCGAUGGCUAAAUUUUUGAACGCUAUAAGCGAUCUAUACAAAUGUCCAGUGUACACUUGCGGUUUUUCAUCAAACUUCCGCGAUGAAUUCGAGUCUCAUUUAAAAAAGCACGCAUCGGCGCCCAAAUCCUUUAUACCCUGCGUCUAUUGUGACUACAAAAUGCCUUUAGAGAACGUCACCACGCACAUUGACGUUAGCCACGGCAAAUGCCAGUACGCUUGCGGAUAUUGCAUGUACAGAACCCUGGAUCCCGAUUAUGUGUACUUUCAUCAUUUGGAUAAGCAUAAAUAUGAAGUGAAACCUAAAAUUCUACUAGUUGACACCACUACAGUGGCUUGUUUGGCCACAGAAUCACAAACCACUCGUCUGCCAGAGGAUAUCACGAAAUAUUGCAAACCAUAUCAUUGCAAACCUUGUCAGAAAUCGUUCCUAUUCGAAAAUGACUUCAACCGUCACAUGUGGACUGAUUGUGAUCAGUUGAUUCAGUUCAUGGAUUUGAUUCAAUGCGGAUUCGUUGAAUGUUCCGCUUCGGAGCCCGCAAAACUGAUGGUUCAGCAUUGGAACUCCGUACACAAUGUGUGCGCGUAUCAGUGCGGGUAUUGUUUCUUCAGUGCGCCGAAUCAGGUUACCGUAUUCCGGCACCAAGUGGCAAACCAUUUCAAUCAAAGUCCGAAGGUGUAUUGCAGAAUUAAUCCCAACGAGAAUGUAGACAACCUCUUUUACGGCAGUGAAGCUAUGGCCAUGCUUCCGGUUCUACGCAACCUACCGGAUUCCAUGAAGCGACCGAAAGAUAUCGUAGCGCCAUCUGAAGCACAACCGCAAAACCCCCAAAUCAAAGUUGCCAACGUUUAUAUCAAAGGAAGUUCCUCGGUGAAAUCGCCCGAACUCCCGGAUUCCAUGAAGCAACCGAAGGCGAUCGUAGCGCCAUCUGAAGCACAACGCGAACUUCCGGCUUCCACGAAGCAACCUAAAGCGAUCGUAGCGCCAUCUGAAGCACAAUGCGAACUUUCAGCUUCCAUGAAGCAACCGAAAGCGAUCGUAGCGCCAUCUGAAGCACAACCGCAAAACCCUAAAAUCAAAGUUGCCAGCGUUUAUAUCAAAGGAAAUUCCUUGGUGAAAUCGCCUGCAAAAGUUGUCGUCGCUAAUGCUGCAGCUUCCGGGGGGACGUCGACGACCGGAAGCAAGCUGUUCCAAAUUUUGCCGACCGGGAACAUAAUCUUAAAAAGUUUGGCGCCCAACGCCAAGGUCCAGGUUUUGAAGGCUAUUCCUAAUAGGUUCAAUUCCCUGCUUUCGCUUGCCAAGCCUCAUCAAAUCACUUCAGCCUCUAUAGUUUCGACUUCCUUAUCUUCUUUAACAUCCCUAACAUCCACAUAUACCGGACCAGUGUCUUUGUCACGACAAAUUUCUCCCUCUUCGGAAAAAAUGCAACCGGCGGCUGUAGAAACAGUUGAAAUUGAUCCGAUCGAAGAUUCAUCGUCGACGUCUGAAUUCCCAGAACAAUCGGAGGUGAAUUCUUUGAGCUUAGCGGACUCUGAAAGCGAGAGUUUCUUGCAGAGUAAAGCUGCUACUUCUUUGGAGGACAAGGGGUCUGAUAGGAGAUCUGAAAAAUCAUCAAAACAUCCCGAAAAUCAAGAAGGUCCUACCGACGACCUGCUCAAGUGCGCCUUCUGCGGCGGCGCGUAUCCCGAUGCGAGUUCGAACACCAAUCAGGCGAGGCCGUACGAGUGCGCGCACUGCAAGAGUGCGCUGAAAAGUGCGCAGGCCCUGGUCGAACUCUACAAGUGCCGGUCGUGCUGCUACACGAGCAAAGUCAGGACGAAUUUCGUGCGGCACUUGUUGACGCACAGCAAAGAGAAGGCGGCGACGGAUUCGGCGCCGGUGAAUCCCGUGCCGUGUUCGGACGAGAACGAGAAGAUUCCUGAUGAGAUUAUCAAUUUGGAUUAUCCUGAGAAAAACAUUCAAAAAUGUAACAUUGUGAAAUCACCUGAAAUCUCAGUGAAACCAACCACAUCCCUUAUGCUAUCCAAUGACAGGAUAAACGACGUAACGACGACCUUGCCUAUUACAUUAAAUGCUAGCAAAAAUAAUAGUAAUUGCAAAGAAUCGGGGGUGACCGAAGGAAGAUUAAGUGAAAGUAUACUUAGAUGCGAUGUUGCCGGAUGUCACAAAGUUUACAUGAAAAGUUCACAUUUGACGGCACACAAAAGAACGCACACAGGAGAAAAACCAUAUCAAUGCUUCUGGGAAGGAUGUACCUGGAAAUUUUCCAGAUCCGACGAACUCACCAGGCAUUACAGGACACAUUCGGGACAAAGCCCGUUCAGUUGUAAUUUAUGUGAAAGAUCUUUUAAACGGUCGGAUCACCUAUCGCGUCACAUGAAUCGCCACAAAGACAAUCAAGCGGAAAAAGGCGAAGAAAAAGAAAAAUUCCCGGAAUUCGUAAAAUAUCCAAGAUCCAAGUUUAUGUGCAGUAUAUGCACGUUUAAAAGUGACGAUAAGCAGGAGAUAACUUCACAUUUUGCAGAGAAACACCCCAAGAACAAUUCAGAUGUUAUCAGUGGUGAUGAUUCCAUUGAAACAGUGGCAUCGGAAAAUUUCCCACAGAAAAAAGCCCAACCCAUAAAUGAGGAUUUCAUAGCUAGAAUCAACAAAGACAUUAAAGAAACGGCCAAAGAACUGAAAAAAGAUGAAGUCAUUGUAGUUCUUAGUGACGAUGACGACGACGGAGACGAUACUCGGAAAACCGUCGUAGAAGAAGUAACACCGGAGGUUAUUCCCCCGAAAAUCGGAGUCAGGCUGCCAACUCCGGAAAAAGAAAUGCUGGAUCCCUUCCACCUGACGCACUUGAUUAGCGAGUUCGGCGGAUUCGGCAACCCGCUCAACAAGCAGUUCAAGUGUCCAGCAUGCGAGCAAUUUAAGACCAAGCAGGUGGUUGAUUUUAUUUUCCAUCUGUACAUUGAGAAGAAAAUCAAGAGAUUCAUGUGCAAAAAAUGUGCAGGCACCUCCGUGACGUACGAUUUAAUGCGCCGUCACAUGAACGCGUUACACGAAACCUCCGCCCCGUGGGAGGACAUCGAACAGCUCCCGCGUCACAAAAAACUCGAAGCCUGGAUACAGGAGCUGCUGCGCGCGCAGGCCGACGAAAUAAUCCGCAAACACGGCGCGGUCCUCGCGGAGAUCGACAACGACAAGCCGAAGAUACACGAGUGCGAGUUUUGCGACGAAACGUUUUGCAGCCAAGUCAACUUUCAAGAGCACCAGUUGGUGCACUGGAGGGACAAACCGUUCCAAUGCGGCGCGUGUACAUUUAGCGAUGUAAGACGCGAGAAAGUUGUGGAACACUGGAAGAAGGAGCACAAAGGCGAGUGCAAACUCUCGAUUAGAGCACCGCUGGUUGCGAUGGUCGUUGCAGGCAAAGACGAGAGCGAUAAAGCGACGCAUAAAGACACAGUUAACUUGGUUGAGGAGGAAAACGACGAUGUCGCCCCGACGGAGCAAGUUUUACAGGUGGUGGAAGAGAAAGAGGUCAAAGAACCGUCGAGUAACAAUGAAGAAAUAGUUUUUACGUGCGAUAUGUGCGUUGUGUACACGCGCAACCAACUGGAGAUGUUAUAUCACGCGAUAACAAAACACAACUCCACAAAGUGCUUCAAACGGAUAUGGAAAGCGUAUGUAGGCAACCCACAAGACAACGUGCACUGCGGGUAUUGCGACGUGCAAGGACCGGAUUUGACGGUGCGCGACCACCACUUGGAAAAGCACGCGGAAAACCAGUACAAACCGUACAAGUUCACGUGCGUAUUGUGCCCGCAGAGGUACGCGUCCAGCGAACACUUUAAAUUGCAUUUCGCGCGGGAACACAACAAGGUUAGGUGCAGGAAUGUUUUAAAGCUUUACAAGUGCACCGUGUGCAAUUACAGGUCCAUCAGCUCCAUACCGAAAAAUAUGAGGACGCACAUGCGCACUCACACGAAACCGGUUAGUUGCGGCGUUUGCCAGCUCAGAUACCCGUUCACCAGUCAAGCCAGAACCCACUUCCUCAAGAAGCAUCCCAAUCAAGCGGAAAUUAUCGAAGAAAGUAUAGAAAAGUUACGGGAAACGUCGGAGUUGAUGAGCGCCAUCAUCGAUGCCGCCGUGCCAGUGAACGAAAUAAGCGAUAAAGUCCAAAACGUCGCCAAAAAAUCCACGUCGAAAGCGCCAUCUAUCCCGAUGGAAGAAUUCUCGUACUACGGCACGCAACCCGCAACACUCGACCUGAAAAAAAUCAAAACCGCCGUGGAAGUGAACAAGGUCGGUCUUAACAUGACCGUCGAACAAUUGGGCAACAUUUUCAACUUGAAUUGUUACGUGGAAGUCGAAAAACACGCCCCCGAAAACGAUCCUUGA